CGAUUCGAUCUCACGGACCUCCUUCCAUUCCUCUCUUUCACAUAAUUUUUUCUUCAUUCAAUUCAUCAUUCUCCUCCUCCUUCUUCAUCUCAAUCUCAAUUCCUUUUCUUUUCUGUUUGGACCCAGUAGAAUUGUUUUCUGAUUCUCAGUUGAAUUCCAUUUCCCUAUCAUUAUCAUCCUCAACCAUGGAGGACAAGCACGUUGCUUUCGAAUCCGCCCCUACAAAUGAAGAUCACGACGCCCCCAUUUCUCACACCCAUGUUGACCAUGGCUGGCAGAAGGUUACCUACCCUAAGCGCCAAAGGAAGACGGCCAAGCCCUCUAACGAUGUUGUUCCCGGCAAGAUCGUGUCUAAUGGUACCGUUCCUGGCGCGGACAACGUUUUUCGUUCGCUUGAGCAGAAAUUUGAGGAGCGCCGCCGCCGAAUUGUGGAGGCGCAGAAGGCGACUGCUAUUGAUGACGACGAGGCUGUUCCGGUUAGAUCGAAGAUCAGGUCUGAUGAUGAGGAUGGCGAGGAUAGUGAUGGAGAGGGUGCGGAGAAUGGAAAACCUAACGAGGAGGCUAAGAAGGUGAAGCAGAAGAAACCGAAGAAGCCUAAGAUUUCGGUGGCUGAGGCGGCUGCGAAGAUUGAUGUGAACGAUCUGUUGGCGUUUUUGACCGAUGUGUCGGGCUCGUACGAGACUCAGCAGGAUAUUCAGCUGAUGAGAUUUGCGGAUUAUUUUGGUCGCGCAUUUUCGGGCGUGAGCGCUUCUCAAUUUCCGUGGGUCAAAACGUUAAGGGAGUCUCCGGUAGCUAAGAUUGUUGAUAUCCCCCUCUCUCAGAUUUCUGAGGAUGUUUAUAAGGCAUCGGUUGACUGGCUUAACAAACGUUCUCUUGAGGCGCUCAACUCUUUUGUUUUAUGGUCUUUAGAUAGCAUUCUUGCUGACUUUGCAAUCCAACAAGCUAGUACCAAAGGCUCUAAAAAGGGAGUACAACAUGCUUCAUUGAAAUCGCAGGUUGCCAUCUUUGUAGUCCUAGCAAUGGUAUUACGAAGAAAGCCUGAUAUCUUAUUUCACGUAUUGCCAACAAUAAGGGAAAACUCAAAGUAUCAAGGACAGGAUAAGCUUCCAGUACUUGUCUGGAUGAUAGUUCAGGCUUGUCAAGCAGAUCUUGCAAUAGGACUUUAUGCAUGGGCACAUAACCUUUUGCCCAUAGUUAGUAGUAGAAGUUGUAAUCCCCAAUCUAGAGAUCUAAUUUUGCAGCUAGUUGAAAGAAUUUUGUCCACUCCAAAAGCUCGUACUAUUCUAAUAAAUGGUGCAGUAAGGAAGGGGGAGCGAUUGAUUCCGCCUUCUUCAUUUGAAAUACUUCUACGGGUUACUUUCCCUGCAUCGUCAGCUAGAGUGAAGGCUACUGAAAGGUUUGAGGCUAUCUAUCCAACCUUGAAGGAGGUUGCACUUGCUGGCUCUCCUGGUAGUAAAGCAAUGAAACAAGUUUCACAGCAGAUAUUUAGUUUUGCUGCCAAAGCAGCAGGAGAAAGUGUUCCAGAGCUAUCUGGAGAAGCAACUAACAUUUUCAUUUGGUGUUUAACUCAAAAUGUUGAUUGCUACAAGCAAUGGGACAAGAUUUAUCAGGAUAACCUAGAAGCUAGUGUCUCUGUUUUGAAAAAACUUUCUGAUGACUGGAAAACACAUUCUCUAAAACUAGCUCCAUUUGAUGCUUUGAGAGAAACAUUAAAAAGUUUCAGAAUCAAGAACGAGAAGGCAUUGGCUGAUGAAGAAGAGAGCGAUCGCCAAUCAAAAUACAAGGAGGCAGAUAAGUAUGCUAAGGCAAUGCAGAGCAGGGUUUCACGAGGCCAUGGAUGUCUUAAAAGUAUGGCUUUUAUCGUCAUCGCUCUAGGUGUUGGUGCUGCAGUCAUGUCGCCAAACAUGGAGUCUUUGGAUUGGGAGAAACUCACUGCUUUCAUCCCACAACACUCUUUCUGAGUUGGCCCUUCCUGCAUUGUCAGCCAACCGUUUCGAAUUUCGAUGUUUUCCGCCUUCGAUGAAGCCGACCUUGGCUCCUUUUCGGGGUCAGGAAACCGAAAAUCCUCUGGUAACAGAAUUGCACCAACUAAGUCAGCCCUUUUAUAUCCUUUUUGUGUUCCUCAUAGGGAUACAAAAGUAGUGGUAGUAGUAAGGUUUUUAAGUUAAUACUGCUCAAAAAGGCUCAAUAGCCAUUUUAGCAUCUUUUGAUUUGAUUUUUGACUUUUUUCUUUUCUCUUUUUUUUCUCCAUUUGUUGUUAGAUUUGUUUAUGUUAUUUGCCCUCUCUAACCUUCACAGUCUUGGCAGUAGAUCAAAAAGGGAGUUGGAUACAAAUGUAAUUUCGGAAGAAAGAAUGUGUUUCAUUUUUAUAUGGGAAUUUUGUAACCUUUAUUUUUUUU